AAAACCUACUAGUCAAACUUCAGUAUGAUAUCAUGGAAAUUUGCUUGCAUCCACUCUACGUAUUUGGAUUGAAGUUCCUUCACCCAUUUUCAGAAAGAGAGAGAGAGAGAUGAAGCUCACAGAUUUUCUCCUUGCUCUGAAACCACUCUUUGCAACAGUAAUAGCUGUUAUCUCAGUUGCUGUUAUUGUAAAAAUCCUUGGUAUUAGAUUUUUCGACAAGAAAAGGAAGUACCAUCCGGUUGCUGGCACAGUCAUACACCAACUUUUCAACUUUACCAGACUCCUGGAUUACAUGAUCGACUGUACAAACCAGAGAAAAACUUACAGGUUGCUUAGCUUCAACAGAAGUGAGGUCUACACUGCAAACCCUGUUAAUAUUGAGUAUUUCCUUGCCACAAAUUUCUCAAACUACGGCAAGGGUUGGUAUCACCAUAGUGUCUUGUCAGAUUUUCUUGGAGAUAGUAUAUUCACGGUGGAUGGGGAGCAGUGGAGACAUCAGAGAAAGGCAGCAAGCUAUCAAUUCUCAACGAAAAUGUUGAGAGACUACAGCAAUUCAGCGUUCAAGUCUAAUGCACUAAAACUUGCAGAGAUCGUGUCUGAAGCUGCAAUCUCAAAUAAUAUUAUUGACAUGCAGGAAUUGUUCAUGGAAGCUACUCUAGAUUCUGUAUGCAAGGUUAUGUUGGGUGUUGAUCUGGACACCAUGCGUGGAACCUAUAUAGAAGGCAGGGAGUUUUCCAUUGCGUUUGAUGAAGCAAGUGCUGCUAUCAUGUACCGGUAUUUUAACAUUCUCUGGAGAGUUAUGCGGUUCUUGAACAUUGGAUCAGAAGCAGUUCUUAGGAAAAGUUUAAGAGUGAUGGAUGAAUUCGUUUAUGAACUAAUCAGAAACAAGAUAGAGCAAGACCAAAAGCCACAAGAUAAUUUACCUGUGGUGAAAGGAGACAUGUUGUCAAGGUUUAUAGAAUUGAAAGAAACUGAUCUAAAGUACCUUAGAGACAUUUCCUUGAGCUUUAUCCUUGCAGGGAAAGAUACAACAGCAAUUACUCUUUCCUGGUUUUUUUAUGAGAUUUGCAAGAACUCUCACGUGCAGGAGAAGAUUGCACAAGAAAUUAGAGAGACAACAAAUGUAGCAGCGGGAUCAACCAUUGAUGAACUUGCAGCUAGAGUAACUGAAGAGAACCUGGAAAAGAUGCAGUACCUACAUGCCUCAUUGAAUGAAACAGUCAGGCUCCAUCCAGCAGUUCCAGUGCAAGGUAAGUUUUGUUUUUCAGAUGACACGUGGCCAGAUGGAUUUAGCGUGAGGAAAGGUGAUCUUGUGUCAUUCCAACCGUAUGUCAUGGGAAGGAUGAAGUUCUUGUGGGGUGAAGAUGCUGAAAAUUUCAGGCCAGAGAGAUGGCUUGAUGAGAAUGGAAUUUUGAAGAAGGAAAGCCCUUUUAAGUUCACAGCCUUUCACGCGGGUCCAAGAAUUUGCCUGGGGAAGGAGUUUGCAUACAGACAGAUGAAAAUAUAUUCUACACUCCUCUUAGGUAGUCACAGCUUCAAACUGGCAGACCAAAACAAAUCAGUGAAAUACAGAACCAUGCUUACUCUACAAAUUGAAGGUGGCCUGCACGUUUAUGCUUCUCGGAGAGAGUAAUGAGGGUCUUGCAGGAACUCACCCUUAACAGAGAACAAAGUAAACAGAACAUAAAUAUAAGCUUAUACAUGCUUCUCUAUUCCUUUCAAAUGUUUAACGAAACAUCAACUUAUUUUUAAGUUCAUACGAACUUAUGUAUGUUUGUUUGGUGUAGUUUUCACAAGAAUUUACAUGUGACAAACAUCAUGCAUUUGACAGUGAAAGGUAAUAACAGGAUAAUUACCUUUCAAAA